AUGAGUAGUGCCAUAUCACAGUUUAUAGAAAAGGUCGCUACUUCAGAGAGGUCUGAAGAUGUUUCUUUGUGUGAAAUUGAGACAGCUGUGAACGAAGUAAAACGUCAGGGCGACGAAAUAUCCCGGGGGACUACUAUACAUCUGAUCCAACAACUGUCGUGUUUCGCUUUGGACCAGGAUGCUAAGAAGGCGCAAUGUGUAAUAAAGUUUGUUAACACCCUGUGGGAUGCUACAGAUGGGGACCCUUUAUACGUGGAUUUGAUCCCGCUUUUGAAGCCGCAUCUACUGUUGAACUUGGGCGAUGGCAGUAGUGCGAAGAGACGAAACCGCGUAGCUCCCGGGUUAAACCCAGUGUUAGGUGUCUCCUCACAAGAGGACGAGAUACGGUCCCGUUGGAAAUCUCAAGGUGGCUGGAAGCACGUUGGGCUGUUCUACAUUGUUCUAUUGCAUUUACAGCAUCGUGAUGUUUCAGUAGAGUUGCGAUGGAUCACGCCUGGGAUCCUCAAUCUGUUGGAUGACCCUCAUGAUAUACCCUUGAGAGUGCAAGGUGUUCAAUUGGUGCAUGCAUUUGUCGAGGUCUUCCGAGACCCUGAGCACUGGGUGCCCUUUAGCAGCACUGGACUGUUCUUGCUGUUCGAACCCGUUCUUAAGAACAUGUGCUACUUGGUCCCCACACUGUACAGUACGAUGGAUACCACACGUGUGUGGAGGAGUGUAUUCCCCGCGUUGAUCGCGCUGUACCGUGUAGAAUUCAGCGACACUCUCGAGUACUUCAGGCAUUUGCAGAGUAUGUGCAGUGAGAUCGUGCUGCGAGGGCUGAUACCGCGUCUCGGGGUCAAGUAUCCUACGCUGACGGUCCAGUUACUGACCACAUUGAGCGAGUUACUGAGCAAGAUGGGUCCACUGUCCGUGGUGCUGUUGCAGCGCACAGUGUACACUUUGGGGGAGUGUAUUGUGAGCGAUCCGUUCUUCACGGUAGCUGAUGAUAUUGUCACGGCACUGUUAGGUUGUGUGGAGACACUUGUCGACGUGUGUCCCAGCGAGAGAGUUGCUGCGCACAGGUACGAUUUGAACGCACUGUUCCGUAUCAUCCGGCACAAGUGCGAAUCGGAGGGAGCGACAACGGAGGCUAUCGGUAAGAUAGUUCUCGGGCUGGAAGCCCGGAUCCCACUGGACACUUGA